UCGACGGGGGUGGGCGGGGGGGUGGGCACGGUGUCCCCGCUCACGCUGCGGGCGGUGUCGGGCCGUGUGCGUGUGUGCACCCUUCACGCGGCGGGGAACUGACUCAAAGUCAAACACUCCCAGGCAUUUGCGGCGUGGCCGCCCGCCCUCCCGCCCGAGGGGGCGGACGCAGCCCCUCCGGCGGCGCCGGGAUCCCAGCUGAGCCCACGCUCACUCCCGGCCUCCCCCGAGCCAGCCGCUGGGGGCGUCGGCGCCACCCCCAGACCUGCGGACCCCCGGGCCUGGAGGGUUUAGGACUGGGGUCGCCUCCCUGCUCCAAUCCCUUAUUGGAAUCCACCGCCGCGGGGAUGGGGGCCGGCUGUCCAACUUCAGCGCCAGAGGCCUGCGGCCCCCUUUCCUUCCGGCCAGCACCCCCUCCCCCUCGGUACGUGCACAAGGCGUCCAAGGCGUCGGAAAAAAGUCCCUGGGUGGCUUAUUAAUGACACGGGCAGGCAAAACAAAAAAAAAAAACAAAAAACAAAAAACCACACGCGCUGCCCAGAAUUCCGACCCUGGUGGAGGAAAGUCCGAAGAAGAGGCAGCCGGCCGGGCAAAGAGGUCCUGGGAGAAAGGUGUCAAGAAAUCUUGGGGAGGCCCAGGCCGCUGGAGACAUCUCAGCUACCGAGGCUCCGAUUAGGAAGGGGUUCUGGGAGUGGAGGGGACAAAUUCUUGUCCUGCCGGCCCUGCUCAGAGAGGUGUGAGCGCCACUGGACCAGAGGUGGGGGCUGGGCCUCAGAUAGCCAAAGGGUCCCCACCCUGCAGGCAACUGUUGGACCUGGGACAGCCGGGUCCCCCCUCUGACUCCCAGACCAAGCCUGAUGCCUCGUUCCCCUAGCGCCUGGAGACUCUGCCCUUCUCAAGACUUUGUGUCCCAGUGCAAGUAUCCGAAGACCUUGGCUUUGGGUCUGCAGCGCUGGCAGUCUUCCCUCUGGGGGCCCAACCUUCCUUGAGCACCUGCAAAUUCAGAUGCCCCCGGCUCCUCUUUGAAGCUUUCCCUGCCGCUUACAACCCCCUGCAGAUGCCUUCAUUCACCCAAGUCACUCUAUUGUGGUCAUUUACCUCACCUGCCGGUGCAUGUGUCUAGACGAAAAGCCGCUUGAGGGCCAGACCCAGGCCCUAGUCACAUCUACAUCCCAUCCACAUCCCGAACAGACAGCAGGAACCUCGGGACAGACCCAGCAGUGCUUGUGGGAGCCAGCGGGGCCGUUUCGGCCUUCUUCUGCAGACCCCGUCUGGGAGGGGAUGGGGCAGCUGAGCCAUGUGUACCACCCUCUUCCUGCUCAGCACCUUGGCCAUGCUCUGGCGCCGCCGAUUCGCCAACCGGGUCCAACCAGAGCCCAGCGGACUCGAUGGGGCGGUCGUGGGCAGCAACGUGGACACAGACCUCCAGUCCUCAGGCAGGGAGAAAGAGCCUCUGAAGUAAGUCCUCAUCUCUUCAGGCAGAGCUCGGCCCCGGGGACUGCGAUCAGCUGGCAAAGGCAGGUAGGGCAGGGCUGUGAGCCCUGGAGGGUAGAAGGCUGGGCUGGGGACAAGGAAGGAAGAUUCUGCAAGGCCUGGCCGUGUGGGAGCAGAGCAGGCCACCUUCAGCUCUGUGGUCAUCGAUGGAGGUUGAGAAUAAGGGGGGUGGGCUCCCAUCCACUCCUACCUUGAGCCCGUUGUGGUCCAGGCCACGGGGCAAGGGUUAGUUUUCAGGGAAUGACGUGUGAUCCUGACAGCAUUUUCUAGGCUUGGGGAUGAGGUGGUGGUCAUGCAGGGGGCCUGAGGGUAGUGCCAGAGGACUUGUAAGGGAGAGGUGGUGUUCUGGAAUAUCCAUUCUGCAUUGACACAAGCUCUUGCCUUGGCAUGGGAGGCAGUGCUCAUCUGGCCUGGUCUUCUGUUUCAGUUCAAGUCCUGGUUUGCCCCCUUCCCCACAAAGGGUGCUUUGGAAGCAGCAGCAGCAGCAAGAAGGAGAAUGGGAAAAAGCAGCAAUGGAGAAUGCAGACCCCUCCCUUUCUGCCCCUGGACCUGCCUGUCCUCUCUUCACCCCAGGCCCUGGUCGUGGGGCUCCCGAGGCAAGGCCUGGCUGGGGCAGGCAGGAGGGGCAGAGAUGUUUAUUGCUCUGAGAUGGGCUCCCUUCCUCUGAGGUCCAGAGAGGGACUUGGUGGGGUCUGCUGGAUCAACUCUGGGGCAACCCCAGCAGCCCAGGCUCGGGGAGGCAUAGGUCGGGAAUGAGGAGCCCCAGAACCGAGGGGUUGCUGAUGGCUCAUGUUCACUAUGGAAAGGUUUCUCACUCACAAAUUAAAAAAAAAAUUUUUUUUAACAUUUAUUUAUUUUUGAGAGGGAGAGAGAGAAACAGAGUAUGAACGGGGGAGGGGCAAAGAGAGAAGGAGACACAGAAUCCAAAGCAGGCUUCAGGCUGUCAGCACAGAGCCUGACGCGGGGCUUGAACCCGUGAACCACGAGAUCAUGACCCGAGCUGAAGUCGGCCGCUUAACCACUGAGCCACCCAGGUGCCCCACGUUCACAAAUUUAAUCCUUGCAAUGACCUGUGGAGACCAGGCAUGUUAUUAUCCACAUUUUGGCAACGAGGAAACACAGGUGAAUGAAUUUGUCCAGGGUCAUCUAGCCAGGUGGGGGGGACACCCAACUGGGGGACACCCCCCUCCCACAGCCUCAGAUGGAGGCUUUAAGCCCACGCUCUUACCCCCCAGGGCCCAGGCAGCCACUCUGGAAGAGAAGGGGUUCUCGGGCAGCCCCCCUGAAGCUUGUGGUCCCAGGCCGUGUGAUCUCAGUUUGCCGCGGGGGCGCUCACUUCCCUGUGGCACUUGCCUCUCCCCGGUCCCUAGAGCUCACCCCCUGUCACUCGCUGCGCUGCUCGGCUGAGAUUAUCAGGAAGAAAUGCCAGUUGGAUCAGUGACGUGUCUGCCUGCAGCUGCGAGCAGGCAUCCCUCAGCUUGUCCCCCGAGUGUGGGUUUCUAUGCGCGUGUGUGCACGCGUGCGCGUGUUCCAAAGGGCCAGUGGCAAGUGGGAAGGGGGGAGAGCGUGACCCUUGUUUGUGUCAGUCUGCUGACUGCUCAGUGCCGGUGGCCUCCUUUGCCCCUAGCUGCUCUUCCCAUUUCUCUCUUCGCAGUCCUGCCCGAUCCAGAGCAGAGAUAAAAGCAAAUUUCCGCUUCUGCUCCCUGAGAUCCAGGCGCAGACCCCGCAGGCAACUGCUCCCGGCUGUCUGGAAGCCAUUCAUCUUCCAAAGCCACCCCCCCACCCUGCGCCCGCCCACGCGUGCCCCCUCCCCCCCAUCCAGCCCCCACUGCCCACCAGGGAAGUCUCAGCCUGGCCGGGCCCCUGGCCCUGCCUUGUGGAGGCAGCAGCUGGGGAAUUCUCUAGACGGCCGGCCGUCCCUCUGCGGCCCUGACUCCACCUCUGAGGGAAGGAGAGGGGAGAUGACGCAGACAGAGGGGACCCAGGCUGAAACCAGGGGGGAGGGGCCGCUGGUAAGGCGGGGGACCUGGCAGUGGAAGCCUCUAGAAGUAGGGCAGGGCGGAGUCAGGGGAAGGGUCACACCAGGGAAAGGAGCUCUGUGCUGGAACGAGACAGAGCCCCACCGCCCACCUGACACGGGCCCAGGAGUUCGUGACCACCUGUCUCAGCUCCCGUCAGCCUGUCUUUCUCCUGCGAGGCUUCACCUUCCCCGGUGACAGGACUGUCAGGCUGAGGGCCACGGGGGCGGGGGCGGGGGGGGGGGGCACUGCUCCGGGGACCCAGCCUGCGCUCCCCGAUCCUACCUUUGAGCCCGUCCUGUGCUCUGCUCGCUCGCCACGUUCCUGUCACUGCAGCCUCGCCUCUGCUCCCUGCCACUUCCAAAUUGCCCUGUCUCCUUCCACUGGUCUGAGGAAUUGUCAGGCCAAGGUCACCCUGGCUGGACAGGGGCUGGCUCGCGGCCCAGACACACAUCCACGAAGCGACACUCCUUCGCAGCACUCUUCUAGGAACCUGCUCAGGGGAUGGGGGCCCCUGCAGGCUUCUGUCCCAGGAGAGGGGAGGGAAAGCCAGGGGAAGGGGUGCUGGGGGUGGGGACUGUGUUCUCGCCCGGCCUUGGCGGCUGCCGGGGGACCCUGGCAGCUGGGGCGCUGUGUGGGCUGGGCUGGGCGGGGGGGUGCUCUCCCGUACGGAGCAGGCUGGCUCUGGUGGGAGCAGAUUGUGUUUACACCUUCCCCACACACCCAGCCCACGCUCGCCUCUUAUUCCCGGGGCCUCUCCCACCCCUGGGCGCUGUGCACAACCAGCACAUUUGCGUUCCUGCUGCAGGAAGUUGCCACCCUCAGCCGCGAGCGUCUCUACAGAAGGCUGCCCGGGCCUGAGGCGCUCCUUCCUCAGCCCACUAUCUCCCUCCCGCUGCAGGGGUGGACCCGAGAUGUCCCCAAAAGGCCGAGUCCUUCUCCCCACCCCGUUUCCUUGGAAAGAGCUGCUGCUUGGGAAUGGGGACAGGGAAGCACGUGGGGGGGGGGGGGCUCGGUAGACUGACCAUAAUAGGAAGGAGGGGAUUAAGGGCGACCAGAGAGACAGAGCUGAGGCACCCCUGGUCCAGGGCGCUGGCCACCAUGAAAUAACAAUGCAGGAUCUAAGAGCGGGGAGUCUGGAGUCAGAGAGCCGGGUUUGAAUCUCGCCUCCCCCCAUCACUUCCCGCCUCUGUGGCCUUGGGUGGGUUCUUGAACAGCCCCGCCUGGGGUUUCUCACACGAGGAAGGUAACAGGGAAGCUAUUGUUGUAAGGGUUAAAUUAGAUAACGCGGAGAGCGUGCUUACCACACACAGUCGGCGUUCAAUGUAUCUGAGCCGGCGUGACAGCGUUUGUGACCUGUCGCCUACUGAACAGGCAAGGUCGCAACCACAGUAGGUUCCGAAUAGCUAGUCCUUCGCCGCCUUCCUCACUCCGUGGCCCUUCCUGCCCGUCUCUCUGCAAUCACAGCAGUGGGGCGAUGGGUAAUUCUGAAAAAGUCAGAGGAGGGGUGCCUGAGUGGCUGAGUCGGUUGAGCGGCCAACUUUGACUCAGGUCAUGAUCUCACGGUCCGGUCCGUGGGUUCGAGCCCCGCAUCGGGCUCUGUGCGGACAGCUCGGAGCCUGGAGCUGCCUCGGAUUCUGUGUGUCCCUCUCUCUCUGCCCCUCCCCCACUCAUGCUCUGUCUGUCUGUCUCUC